CUCUCUUCCAAACUUGAAAUGGAAACCCACCUUGUGCUGCCAGAAAGCACAGAAGAGGAUGAAAAAAACCCAAUGAAAAAUCCAUUUAAAGUCCCAUCAGAUACUGAACUUUUCUCAAUGAGGGACAAGGAAAUUAAGAAGGCACAGAAGGAACGUGAAAAGAGGAAGACUAUGAAAGUCCAUGAGAAAACUACUUACUCCAUUAAAAUGAAGGCAAAAAGUGGAUUGAGGAAAGCUUUGAAAAGGGAGGAAGAAGAGGAGAGCAGAAAAGAGGCGACAUGUGAAGAGAGACUGAAAUGUCUUCAGGAGAUGCUUUCACGGAAGCUAGCCAUGAAAAAAGAUUAUGCAUUCGACAGGGAGACCUUCCAUGGCUACCUACAGGACAGAAAACAGAUCUUUUUUCUUGAGCAUACCAUUGCAGUGAAGCGAGGGGAGAUUGAAAAGAUGGAGAACAUAGCAAAGGAUGAGGAAAAAAAGCUGCAAAAGGCUGAGAGAAGGAUGGAGAAGGACACUGCCAUGUUUGAUGAGUUCCUGAAGGAGAACCACAAUAACUCUGUUGAAGCACUGAGAAUAGCCAAAAGAGAAACCUCAGCAAAGACAAAGAAAAUAACAGAGAUCCAGGGACUCACAACUGAAAUAAAGAAAAUCCAAAGUGACAUCUCCAGAUUUGAGGACACACUGCAGGAGUACAAGAUGUACAGGGACAUCCUCUACCAGCUAUCUCCAAAAGAGUGGCAGGAGGAACACAGAAAAAGGCACAAAAAAGAAAAGGAUAAGGAAACAAAAUCCAGGAAUGAAGGAAGUGCUUCACAUCUCUCCACCACAGAGCAGGACCAGGGUCCCACAGACACUGCCCACAGUGUCACUUUUACGGAUAUACCAAGUUCCCUGCUGUUCUCAGAAAGUUUGGAUUUCAGGUCACGGGAUGUCCGGCCACAGCUUAAACACUUCCUGAAGCCUCUUUUAUCCAGAGAUCUAAGUUCACUGGAGGAUGCAGAGAGUGAAAUCAGCUCGGAUGAAGAUGAGGAGCCUCAGCUCUACUUUACUGAUCCUGAACAAUUGCUUACUACUUUCAUGGAGAUGCUGGAUGAGAACUUAUCCUUUGUCCUGAACUCCCAGGAUAUUGCGGAGAAUUGGAACAAGGUCCAACAGACUUUCAUCACCACACGUGAAAGCACGGAAAAGGAGCUGGCAGCGCUGAAAGAGCAGGUGAACACCCUCCGAGCCUCCGUGGCCAAGGAAGAAGAGAAAGUAGCUGAUCUAAAGCUCAAAGUUCAGCUCUUUUCUUCUGGGGAAGACGAAGGUGAUGACCAGGACAAAAUGCUCACAAGUCUGAACAAGAAGGUGCAGGAAGUCUAUUUCCAGUGCACUGGAGACAAUGAGACAAACCUGCCAACAGUAGAGAUGUUAAAGGUAAUAGAAAAACAGCUCAAUGAUUUACUGGACAGCGUGGAGAGAAUCCCACCAGCAAAGAUAGAAAAGGCUGUGAAAGACAUAAGAAAGGAACAGAGGGCAAGGCUCAGAGAGGAAAAGCAGAAACAAGCGAAGCAGCAGCAGGAUGAGGGACUGAAAAGGGACAUGGAAAGAUCACAGGUACCUGAAGAAAAAAAGAGCUACAAGACAAUGGCCUUGCCUUCCAACCCACAUGCCAGGAAGAACAGCCAAGGAAAUAGAUAA